AAAUCACAACACACUAUAAACACGAUACAUAACACUACAGGGCGGCUGCAACUAUGGGAAGACGCUUGCCUAAUAAACCUACCGUCGAGCUGGGAACUGGUGCUGGUCUACCGGCGCAUUUGCGCCCACGAGCUGUAACGGAUCCGCUGUCUACACUCUCUAAACCUUUCAAGAUACCAUUUAAGACGCGGUCGAGUGCGAUGACUAAUACCGGGAAGGCAGUGCGUUCUGCGCGUCUCAAGGGCCCCAAGUCGUACUUUGUUGGCUCACUUGAGGGAGACGGUCAGGAGAACGAUGUUGUGGCAUUUGAUGGUAGCAUAAUCCAAAGAAAGAAGAAUGCGCUACGGCGUAUCGCCACAGAUGAUGUUGUGGAAACCACGUUGAAAAGGUCGUUCACGAGCCCGUUGACGAUUAAGGGCCCUAACCACGGCACUCCGCCACCACCCUUGGGUACAAAGAGGAAACCUGUGAUGGUUCCGAGACCCCUACACGAUCCGUCUGAUGAGACCGCUAUCGUUCUUUAUGACCCCACGGUUGAGAAGAUCAUAAGUGAUGACGAUCUAGAAGCUUUGGAUAAGGCCAUAGCUUUGGCUAAGGCCCGUGACGAAGGUAAGGAGAUCGUUGAAAAUGAGCUAGAACAGGAAGAUCGCCCUUCCAAAAGGCGUAACGUUCAUAAAUCUUUGAAUGAGAUACUAGGUAUCUCCAAAGACCCGAACGAAGCGGAGAAGAAAUACCCUGACGUGCCCGUUGUUAUUGAUCCAAGAUUGACCAAGAUUCUACGGCCACAUCAAGUUGAAGGUGUAAAGUUUCUCUUCCGUUGUGUGUCUGGCUUAAUCGAUCCUAGAGCGAAAGGUUGCAUCAUGGCUGAUGAAAUGGGUUUGGGUAAGACGCUCCAGUGUAUAUCUCUAAUGUGGACACUAUUGAAGCAAGGCCCUAGAGGUAAAAAGUCAAUAGAUAAGGCAAUCGUUGUGUGUCCUUCGUCGCUUGUGAGAAAUUGGGCAAACGAAUUGGUUAAGUGGUUAGGUGAGGGGGCUUUAACACCAUUGGCAAUCGAUGGUAAAUCGACCAAACCAAACGAAGUUGCAUCCAGUAUUCAGCAAUGGUCAUUAGCGAAGGGAAGAAAUGUGGUUAGACCAGUGCUAAUUAUUUCAUACGAAACUUUGAGAAGAAAUGUUGAUCAUUUGAAAGGCUGUGAAGUUGGCUUAUUACUUGCAGAUGAGGGACAUCGUUUGAAAAACGGAGAUUCGCUAACCUUCACUGCUCUAGAUUCGUUGAACUGCAAGCGUCGUGUCAUCUUAUCUGGUACUCCAAUCCAAAACGAUUUAUCGGAAUACUUUGCUUUGUUAAGUUUUGCAAAUCCCGGGUUAUUAGGUACAAGGGCAGAUUUCAGAAAGAACUUUGAACUUCCAAUCUUGAAAGGACGCGAUGCAGAUGCAACUGAUAAGGAAGUUCAUGAGGGAGAACAAAAAUUGAGUGCGUUAUCAGGCAUCGUUUCCAAAUUCAUCAUCAGAAGAACAAAUGAUAUUUUGUCCAAGUAUUUACCAUGCAAGUACGAGCAUGUUAUAUUUGUUAACCUUUCACCUUUCCAAAGGAGUCUAUAUGAACAUUUUAUCACAAGUCCCGAUAUUAAGAAACUCUUGCGAGGUGUUGGAUCGCAGCCUUUGAAGGCCAUUGGUCUUUUGAAAAAACUCUGUAACCAUCCAGAUUUGUUAAACUUGGAGGAAGAAUUUGAAGGUUGUGGUCAUUUAAUCCCAGAUGACUAUGUCAACUCCAUCACUGGUGGUGGUCGUAACAGAGAGGUCCAGACCUGGCUUUCUGGUAAAUUUGCCAUCUUGCAGAGAUUCCUUGCCAAGAUUAGACAGGAAUCUGAUGACAAAAUCGUGCUUAUUUCAAACUAUACCCAGACAUUGGACCUAAUUGAAAAGAUGUGCAGAAAUAACAAGUAUGGAGUUUUAAGAUUAGAUGGCACGAUGAACAUAAACAAGCGUCAGAAAUUGGUUGAUAGAUUCAACGAUCCUGAAGGACCCGAGUUUGUGUUUUUGUUGAGUUCCAAAGCAGGUGGUUGUGGAAUCAACUUGAUUGGUGCCAAUAGAUUGAUCUUGAUAGACCCUGAUUGGAACCCCGCAUCGGAUCAACAGGCAUUAGCCAGAGUAUGGAGGGAUGGUCAGAAGAAGGAUUGUUUCAUUUACAGAUUUAUUACCACUGGGUCGAUUGAGGAAAAGAUCUUCCAAAGACAAAGCAUGAAGUUGUCAUUGUCUUCAUGUGUUGUUGAUGAAAAAGAGGAUGUGGAGAGAUUGUUCUCCACUGAUAAUCUUCGUCAGUUAUUCUUAUUUGAUCAGAAGACUAUCUGUGAUACUCACGAUUCGUUUAAAUGCUCGAGGUGUGAGCCAACUAGCGGUAAACAACUACGUCGUGCAGACGUGAUGUUAUACGGUGAUGCCACAACGUGGAACCAUAUCAAUCAUGAAGGAUUGCCGCGGACAAAUGAUCACUUGUUGAAAAACGAAGCACAAUUUGAAGAUAUCAGUUACGUGUUCCAAUACAUAUCGCAUGUAUAA